AUGGCAUCAGAAAGUCUGCAGUUCUUUGCUUUUAUUCUGGCUUUGUUUGGAGCAUUUGGAGAUAUCGCGGCCACUCUGCUACCAAACUGGAAGGUAAAUGCAGAUGUUGGCUCAAAUAUCAUAACGGCUAUAACGCAGAUGCAAGGACUUUGGAUGGACUGCACGUGGUACAGCACUGGGAUGUUCAGCUGCACCCUGAAAUACUCCAUUCUCUCUCUCCCCGUCUACAUCCAGGCUGCACGGACCACCAUGGUACUGUCCUGUAUCCUGUCAGCCUUUGGGAUCUGCAUCGCUACAGUCGGAAUGAAAUGCACAAAGUUGGGAGGGGACACUGACAGCAAAAGUCACGCUUGUUUUGCUGGAGGAGUCUGCUUCAUUCUUGCAGGAAUCUUGGGAUUAGUACCGACAUCCUGGUACACGAGAGAAAUUAUUUCAAAUUUUCUGGAUCAGACCAUUCCAGAGAGCAGUAAGCAUGAACCAGGAGGAGCGGUUUAUACAGGAUUCAUUUCAGCAGGGUUUCUGCUUAUCGCAGGUGUGAUCUUCUGCACUUCCUGUUUUAAAAAGCAGCAAGGAGCAUGGAUUUACCCUCCAAAGCAGACCCACUUCCCAUCCACAGAGCAGGAGAGCAACACAGGCUACAAUCUGAAGGACUAUGUGUAA